CUCAACCUUAAUUCCCAGCAUCAAUGAAAUCGAUGGGGAAAAUGUGAAUGUUCUUUAACCUUCUGGAAAAGAUUCCACGUCAGGAUGUGUUCAGUUCUUGGUUUGCCAGAUAUUGGGUCAAAUAUUACCCUUCACAUUACAAGAGUAAACUUAAACCCCCACAGUGUUUUAGUAGAAUUCGGAGGAUAUUUAAAUCACAGACCAGAGACCAGGGAAGUACAUCGACAAAUAAAAGAAGAGAUUGAUUUCGAGAAGGAGAGUCAGGAUAAUUUUGAAGGCAUACCUGGAGAUGUAUGCUAUGUAUAUGAUGAUAAAGACUGGCAUAGAGCAAGGAUUCUUUCAAAAUACGAACAUGAAUACAAUGUGUUCCUAAUUGAUGAAGGUAAAUUAUUCUGGACAUCAAGGAACGUUUUAGCAAAAUGUCCACCCAACCUUUUCAGUUUACCCCCAACAGUAGAGCUUUGCAUUUUGGCUGGUGCAUUACCUUUGUGCUUUGAGAGUGGAUGGUCUGAGGCUGCUUCAGAGUUCAUCAGAUGUUUGUGUGGGAAAAACAUCUCUGGACGUGUUCAGGACGUGAUGAUGCCUUACAGAAUCUUGCUUCUUGACAUUCCAAGUGUAUCUGAUCAAAUGUAUGAACUUGGAUUCACCAGAAAGGCAUCUAAUGAGGAUUUCAAAAGCCUUGUAAAAACUUUGCUGCAUUCACCAAAAGGAAACAUUUCGAUACGGACAGACUUUGCGAUGCCAAAUGUACAGGAGCACACAGUUGAAUCUGAAAUGUUGUAUCAGUACUUGUACCCAGAGCUGUUGCCUGGAACCAUUGAGAUCGUUACUGUGACGCAUGUAGUUCACCCAUUGAAAAUCUUCUGCAAGUUGCAUGUCUUUUCACAGGAGCUUAAGAAAUUAAGUGAUGUACUCCACAAAUGCCAUGAAGAUGCAAUACCUUCUCUGAUAUCACAACCACUGUCUGACGGGUCUCCAUGUGCAACCAAAGGAAGUGAUGGCAAGUGGUAUCGAUCUGUCCUCCAGCAAAACACAGUCUCCGAUUUUGUUAAAGUCUUUCACGUCGAUUACGGAAUUGGAGACUUUGUUAAACUCUGCAAUAUCAGACCUUUGUCUGCGAGGUUCCUUCAGUUGCCGGUUGUCACUUACGCAUGCUCUCUACAUGGGAUCGUUGACAAAGGCACUGGAUGGCGGACCGAUCAGAUAGAUUUUCUCAAAUCUAUUGUGCAGGAUCAAAUCUUCAUUGGAAAGUUUGAGGAGCCCAGUCUCCACGAGGGUGUCUAUCAUGUCACGCUCUAUGGGAGUGAUAAUGUCAAUGUAAACAAUGUUUUUGGCCUCAAAGAGCAUUGCUUGUCAGUAGCUGAGAGACAGUGUGCUGACAAAACUCUUGAGGCGCUGAACAAAGUAACAUACAGACAUCAGCAUGACAAUGUGCCGGCAUGUUUUCCGAGUCCAAAUACAAGUUCUUCAACCGAUACCCGUGAAGAUAUCUCUGCAGGGUCCAGAACAGAAGCAAACUUAGAACCCACAGAGCGAAUGCAGUCACUAAAUAAUGCAUGUGAUGUUCCACCCAAAACUGAAGUAGGCACAAAAAAGAAGGUAUGGAUAACUUGUGUCAGAAGUGUAAACCAGUUCUAUGGUCAUUUUGUGCACAAUUUUGAUACUAUUAAGAAAAUGACCAGAGAUAUUCAACAACUGUGCUGCAAGCGAACACAAGGAAAAUUUUCACUUUCCCCCAAGAUGAUGUGUUUUGCCAAAUAUACAGAUGGAUUGUGGCACAGGGGACAAAUAGAAUCAACACAUCCAAAAUUACUCGUCCACUUUGUAGAUUACGGCAAUGUGUUGGCUUUGGAUAGAUCAGAAAUUCUACCGCUUACUCCAGAGGCCAGUGCAGUUGCAUCAAUUCCCAUUCAUACUGUUGAGUUUGAACUUUUCAAUGUAACAUUACCAGAGUCACAUGAUCUUAAUGAGUGGUUUGAAAACUACGCCACAGAUGGUGUGUUCUGUGUCACUGUAAUGAAACAGAAUCCUUUAGGCAAACUAUCAGUGGAGAUGUACGAUGAGAAAACAAAUCUCAAUUUAAAAAUGAAAGAGAAAUGGAGCAAGACUAAAAAGCUGAAACAAGGCUCUAAUAUCAACAGAGAAGCAGAUAAGGCUCGCGCUUGCAAAGUGUUUUCAGAAGUUAUAGAGUCAAAAAGGCAGAGAGAGCAGUUUAGUACUACAACGCAAGCAAAUGAGAUGAUGUAUAGGAAAGUGUCGAAACCAGUUGUUCAAGGUACACUAGAACAAAAUUGUAAUACAAUUGGACACAGCGAAGCAGGCUGUAAUGACUCACGGCAACAAUUGGCUACGCAGCAAAAAGUGUUGUCUCAUUAUCCAAAGCUGACAGAUCUUCCUUCAAGGAGUUUGAAUGAAGGAUACGUUUCAGAGGUUUAUCUUUCACACUGUAAUAGCCCAUCGAGUUUCUAUGUACAAUUGACAAGUGAAGAAGAUAAGACAUUUUCCCUUCUGGAUGAACUUAAUUCUUCACAGUUAAGCAGUGCACAAGUUGACCUCCAAGCAUUGAGGCCGGGUGAUGUUGUUCAAGCAGAGUAUCCCUCUGAUGGAGCUUGGUAUCGUGCUGUUGUUCAAAACAAACAAGAUAGCAAGGUUCAAGUGCAGUUUAUUGACUUUGGGAAUGAGGCGACUCUCCCACCCCUUAAAAUAAGGCAACUCGACAAGCGGUUCCUAAACAUGCCCAGGCUAAGCAUUCAUUGCUCACUUGAGGAUGGUAAGACUGGAUACAAAAGAGAUUGGACCAAAGAACAGGUCAUAGCUUUUAAAAAGGCAGCAGGUGAAAAUGGUGAGAAGAAAAUCCUUUGCAAGUUUAUUCGCAAUAACAGAUCUGCUUGGCUGGUCAGUUUAGAGCACCGUGGCAUUGUGCUGGAAGGUCCAUCCUUUAACAUGACCCAAACUGACUCACAAAUGCCAGGCACUAAAGAUAUCCAGCCGGUAAUGUACAAAGAACCAGCUGUAACUGAAAGACAGGCUGUAGAGGCAUAUGCUUCAUCUAUCUGUGGGCCAAAUUAUUUCUGGUGCCAGUUCAAGAACUCUGAAGAACUUGACAAAAUCUCCUUGAUUGCACAAGAAAUUGGAAAUGGCACUCAAACAAAACCAAUUCAGCAAGAUCAGCUACAUGAGGGACUACCAUGCCUAGCGCGCUUUUCGGAUGAGCUGUGGUAUCGUGCGCAGAUAAUUACCAAACUUCCAAAUAGACUCUCUGUUCUCUUCAUAGACUAUGGAAAUGAGUCAGAAAUUGACCUAAACUCUGUGAAGUCUCUCUCCCGUGAGCUCCUGGAAAGACCACCUCAAGCAUUUCUUUGUCAGCUGGGAGGAUUUGGGUCCACGCAGGACACUUGGAACGACGUUGCAUCUGAUAAAUUUUUUGAGCUUCUGGUGGAUGAACCUUUAAAAGUGACAAUUCAAAACACUGUUAUGAACCCUGGUCAUAAGUGUCCUCAAUAUAAUGUCCUUGUUGAAUGCAAGGGACUUGUUGUUAAUGAUUUCAUGAAAGAUUAUUGGUGUGGCCCCAAGCCUCAAAUCUGCAGUCAAGUUUCAGAGGGCACAAAAUUGAAUCCAUUGGAAGGUCAGAACAAACAAGCAGUAGCAAGCCCUAAAACUGUCCAGAAAGAUUUGAUCCAUGAUUCUGUAAAUACUAAACUUCUAGUGCAAGAUUUACCUCAAGCAACAGACCUUCCUUCUCGUGUGAUAGAAACUGGUAUGGUGUGUGAAGUUUACAUUUCGCAUAUCGUCAGUCUAAGUAGUUUCUUUGUGCAACUGGCAGAAAAUGAGGAUAUUUUGUUCUCUCUAAGUGAGCAAUUAAAUUCACCUCAGUUAUCAGAGAAACAUGUCAUUCAUGCAAGCAGUGUUCAGCAGGGGAGUCUGGUGAAAGCCGUGUUUCCAGAGGAUGAAUGCUGGUAUCGUGCAGUUGUCAAGGAGACGACCGAAAAUGGCAUGGUUCAGGUGGAAUUUAUAGAUUUUGGAAAUGAAGCCAUUGUUUCUCCAUCUAAUAUCUGUAGGCUUGAUGAGCUGCUACUUUCUUACCCAAGGUUUAGCAUUCAUUGCAGCUCCAGUUUUGAGGAUCAACUUAAAAUGCAGAAGGGAUUGGAAGAGGAGAUACUUUUUUUCAAAAAUGUAUUUGGCCAGGUUGGUGAGAACAGGCUUUCCUGCAAGUUUAUUAAAGAAGAUGAGGCCACUUGGGAAGUUAAAAUGGCCCUCAAGGGGAGCACGUUGGGUAAAAGUGAAAAAUUGGAUGACACGAAUCAGAAUCAGCAAAAGUUUAACUCUGCAAAACAUGUGGUGUCUCAAGCAGAAGUUUCCAUACCUGUCAAUCCUCAGUUUAAGAAACCUGAUGUGUCUUUGGGACAGAUGGUAGAAGCUUUUGCAUCGUGUAUUGUUGGACCAAAUUAUUUCUGGUGCCAGUUUGCAAACUCUGAACAGCUUGACCAAAUCAGCCAUUUUGCUCAAGAAUAUGGAAACUCGAAUGAAACGCAGUCAAUACAGAUUGAUCAUUUGGGUCCUGGAAGCCCAUGCCUGGCUCGUUUCUCUGAUGACCUGAUGUGGUAUCGUGCACAGGUUAUUAAAAAAUCUAAUGACAUGAUAUCUGUGCUUUUUGUCGAUUAUGGAAAUGAGUCUGAAAUCGAUGAAAGUUCUCUAAAAGCACUUACUUGUAAUUUACUCGACGCUCCACCUCAAGCUUUUUUGUGUCUCUUGGAAGGAUUUGCACCCUCAGAGGGAUCGUGGGAUGAUACUGCUGCCGAUCAUUUCCAUGAGCUUCUAAUGGAUAAACCUCUGAAAGUUACUGUGAAUGCCAUUGAAAAUACAGUUGACCCCAACAGCCCGCCAUAUUGUGUUAAAAUUGAGACGGAGCAAUGCCUCGUAAAUGAGCUCAUGAGAAACUUUUGGAGUGCUUCUGUGAGACGAGACCAAAAUUCUGAUGAGGUGUUUAUCUCAUGUGAGAACUCUGUUGAAUCUGGAGAGCUGUGUGUUUCUGAGGAUAAUCAAACAAGUGAAACUCAAUGUGUUCCUCUACCUGAAUCUGGUGAAGUUGAAGAGUUAGAAGAAGCAAUUGCUGGCUUGGAUGGUACCCCUGAAAGCAAGGUGGAUGACAAGCUAGAUAAAACCGACAUGACUGCUACCUUAACAAAUUACAAUGCCAUGGAUAACAGUCCGACGAGGACAUAUUCACUUUUGGAAAACGAUGAUCAAAUCCAUGAAUCUGAUGACCGAGUUCCUGUUGUAUCAGGGCAGGAAACGUUGCUGGAUACAGAGGACAGCAGAAAAGAGACAGAAGAUGAAAGGUCUGAUAAAGACGCCCUGGCAACAUCAAAUAAAAGUAGAACUUGGACUGCUGGUUUAGAAACGCUUCCCAUGGUUUGCAAUGAAGAAUUCUGCGAAUCCACUACGUGCAUCUCAAAAUGAUAAUUUUAGUGCUGGGAUGGGAAGAAUUCAUUUUUUGUGACACAGAUGAAAAUGUCUAUGAUGACAUGUUUUAAUUAUGUUGAUCAUCAUGUUAGUCGUCCUUUUAAAAACAUGAUGCUUGACUGCAUUGUUUGUAGCUGUGAUCAGAGGAGCAUAUGUAAUGUGUGGUGUUUUUUUGCAAAAUUUAUAUCAUGUGCAUCUCCUCUGUGCCUUAAUCUGAAUGUUUAUUUGUUUGAAUAAAACAAUUUCAUAGAUUUAUCUGUUUUCAGUUGUAUAAAUAUGCACUACAUAAUUUCAGG